AUGCCUUUCAACACAGCUUUGACACGAAAGCUGGGGAUUCGGGUCCCUGUCGUCCAGGGUGGUAUGCAAUGGGUGGGAUACGCCGAGCUGGCCUCGGCUGUCAGUAACGCAGGUGGACUUGGAUUGCUCACAGCCCUCACCCAACCGACCCCCGAAGACCUCCGCAAAGAAAUUCGGAGAUGCCGCACCAUGACCAAAUACCCCUUCGGUGUGAACCUGACCCUCCUGCCGGCCUUGGUCCCUCCCGACUACGCCGCCUAUGCCCAGGUGAUCAUCGAUGAGGGCAUCAAGAUCGUCGAAACAGCCGGAAACAACCCGGGUCCCGUGAUUACGCAGUUGAAGAAGGCCGGUACCAUCAUCCUGCACAAGUGCACGACGAUUCGCCAUGCCAAGUCCGCCGUUAAGCUGGGUGUGGACUUCCUCUCCAUCGAUGGGUUCGAGUGUGCCGGUCACGUCGGUGAGCACGAUAUCACGAACUUUAUUCUGCUCAGCCGUGCUCGCCAGGAGCUCGGCGUGCCGUUCAUCGCCUCUGGUGGAUUUGCCGAUGGCCAGGGCCUUGCUGCUGCCCUGGCACUUGGCGCCGAGGGUAUCAACAUGGGUACUAGAUUUAUGAGCACUGUCGAGGCCCCCAUUCACCACAACAUUAAGGAAACUAUUGUCAAAGCGCAAGAAACGGACACUGCUCUGGUGCUACGUCGCUGGAAGAAUACUACCCGUCUGUUUGGUAACAAGGUCACUCAAGAUGCCCUGAAGGUUGAGAGAGAGAGCAAGACUGGAGAGUUCAGUGAGAUCGGUCCCUAUGUUAGCGGCCAGCGGGGCCGUCAGGUCUUCAUCAACGGCGAUCCUGAUUUCGGGGUGUGGACUGCUGGCCAAGUCAUUGGCCUGAUUCAUGACAUCCCCACUUGCGCCGAUUUGCUCACUCGCAUCGAGCGGGAGGCUGUGGAGGCCAUGGGCCGGACCAAGUCUCUUUACACCGAUGCCCCUGCCAGCAAACUUUGA